CCUGUUCUUCUCAGCUGCUGAUCAUUUCACGUUUCCAGUGAUUUUGGGAAUUGAAGCUUGAUUACCUAAGAUGAAGAAGCUUAUAGAAUUUGGGAAGAAAGCAAUGUUCUAUAUUAGGGUUCUUUCAGGCUACGAAGAGCGUAGAAUCCGAUCUUAUCGAUUGCAGAUGCAACAACGUCUUCAACAGGCGGAGGAGAGGAAGGUAGCAAUAAGGAAGCUUCCUGAACAAAUGAUUUUGUCAGAAGUUAGGCGCAUGGUGGAAGAGAUGCAAGCUUUGAAUAAGAAGCUAGAGGAAACUGAGGCUGCUGUUGAUGACUAUUUCAAGCCAAUAAACAUGGAAGCAGAAACAAUAGUGAAAAUGCAGCUUGAAGGAGAGGAGAAUAGAACUAAGGAUAUGAUGAAUAUCCUGCAGAAGCAAGCUUUUCUUGAGAGACUUCAGGCGGAAAAGCUAAUAAGUGCAGAAAAUGUGGGCACGAAUAAACAUAACCAAGAUAAAGCAUCUACAUAGAUUCCACCAGAAGUAAAAGAUGAUUUUGUAGAGGUAUAAAUUGUUCUUGAUAAUGAAACUAUACGAAUUCAUAUAGUUUUGCUUCUUAGAUAUGGCAUGGUUUUGGCGAUCUGAGUGAGAAAAAGAUGAUCUGCCCGGCUGUCCCUUUCAGAGCAUCUGAUAAAUUUGGAACGAGUAGAGGCCGGAAUCUACUUUUGUUUAUUUCAAUACACAUGCUAGUCAUAUUUCCUGUUGUAAAUUAUACGUUGUCCCAAUGGGGUUUUUUCGUUUCGUUCCCAGCAUAAAGUUGUUUAUUGUUUCAGUAAUCACAUUCAGCUUCAGCUCUAUAACAGAUUAUUUUUCUCACUGAAAACAGAAGAAAAUGUUUAAAACUCACACAAGAGGGACAAACUUGUCCAUAUGUCUGAUUGUAAUAUAGAAAUUUGUGAUG